AUGGCCGAAACGUCUGAGGAGCUUAUCCGGAACGCCGAGUGUGACACGGAGAAGCUUAACGCGGCUCUAAAGGCGAUCAGCUAUGGGGUCCCUCAAGGCCUUUCGCGAGUACCGUGGAUCGAGACGCUGGCCCUUACCAGUACGCAGGAGCCCAUCUCGGAGAAGGGCCUGAAGCCGGACGAUAGAGUUGAGAUUGAGAAGGCUAUGUACAGUCAAGUUCAAGAGAGCGUGGUAGAGGCUUUCCGGAGGUUCGCUGCUAUGGGCAUCGAGGCAAACCGCCCUGACGACUUCUAUGCUGAGAUGCUCAAAACUGAUCAACAGAUGGGCAAGAUCCGAGAGAACCUCGCUGAUCAACAGAAGCGCAUUGAAAUCGUGGAGGACAGGAAGCGGAAACAGGCCGAGAAAAAGUUUGGGAAGAAGAUGCAGGUGGCAGCAGCUCAGGCCCGAGCUGCUCAGAAACGUGAGAAUUUGGCAGAGAUCGAGAAGUGGAAAGAGGCCAAGGGGGAAGAUGAGUCCGCCAGUGUUGGAAAGACUUUGGAAAAGGUCUCCAAGAAGGGCGCUCAGCGGUCGGCUGAGAUGGAAGGUGCUAGUCACGGCAAGGGAGGGAAGGGUGGCAAGGGAGGGAAGGGUGGCAAGGGUGGCAAGGGUGGCAAGGGAAGAGUGAAUAAGAAACGCGUUGCUAAGGACAAGAAAUACGGCCAGGGUGGGCCUAAACGAGUGUUGAAGAACAACUCAGCCGACAGUUGCCGUGACGUCUCUUCUUUUAAGGCCUCUAAGCAUUCCCCCAUGGGUAAGGGGAAAGGGAAGGGGAAAGGAAAGGGUGUUAGGAAGCCUAUCAAGAAGGGCGCUGCUGCUGCUGCUGCUGGAAAACGCUGAGAAGCAGCGUAAAACGUACACUGUUUCUACCUACGUAUGUUGG